CGUAGUUACUGCUUCACGUGUUUUUUUUUUUUGUUAGACAACGUCAGACCUCACAGCAUCGGACUUUGUAAGGCUAGGAAGACAUACAGCUGCUUCACUCAAAGAAUGCUGAGAAGUGACCAAGAUGCUUAUCAAAGUGAAAUGAAGGGGGACAAAGAAACAGGUAAAACUUGAGGAAGUCAGCUUCUCAUCUUUUAUCAAUUUGGGUAAGUUAAGUUUGUCUUUUUUUUUUGGUAAGUAAUUUUUGGAGCUGUAAUGAUAAUGUGUGAAAGGAGUAUUUAUUGUUUUGUUCCAGUGCAUGAGAAAUUUCUCAUACCAGAGGACAGAAAACUGAAAGUCACAGAUGACCAGGGGACAGAGGUGGAUGAGGAUGUGUUUCCGGAGCUUGCUACAGUUAAAGAUAUCUGCUUCAUCAUCUGUAUUGAUGAUGACCUCCUACCUGCAGACCUGUCCAAGAAGAUGGCUGACACUGUAGACCUGGGCAAAUAUAUAACACUCACAACUUGUGAUUUCACUCUCCUAUGGCAAGGUGAAGCGUCUUCAUCCCCAAGUCUAACAGAUACAUUGUCCAUCUCAACAUUAAUCAGCCCAAGAAGUGACACAAGUGAUGCUGGAUGCCAAAUUGUUCAGCCUAAAAUGGACAGCAUCUCUGUAAGAAAUAUGGUGGAGCAGAUUCUCACUUCUAAGCCUGCUGGGAUGACUGUGAUCAAAGAGUAUGAGGACACUGGACCUUUGAAAGACUCAACUCGCCGAUUAAUGGUGAACAUCCUUGUGGCUCACAUGCGUGAAAAGAAAGGGAGAGCAGUAAAUAAAACAACAAAGGAGUUUCAUGCUCUUGGGAUUGUGUCACUCUUUCCAUCUUUAAAGGAUCCAUACUCAAAAAAGGAACAUUUCUAUGACAUUCAGAGCAACACAGGCUUUCUUGAGUGGAGGGUGAAGACGGUCCAACAUCAGUCCAAAACAGCAUCAACAUCCAUUAAGAGAGCGGUGCUUAAAGGAGGGCCCACAUCAUCAAGAACACUAGGUUCCAUAGAUGACCAGCAAUCAGGAGAUAACUGCAUAGAGGCAAUGUUUCUUCUUUACCACACCACCAAUCAUGACUUGGUUUUCCAAAAGAUGAGAGAAACAUUCCUUCAUGGUCAGCAUAUGAUCCAUGAUCGUCAGCAGUCAGGAAACAUACUGCAAAUGUUUCCUCGCUUUUUGGACACUAAAGGACUGAUUCUGCAGGACUUCAUUCAGGUUCCUCGAAAAAUGGACCACCUGCUUUAAAGACAGGAUCAACCAAGAGGCCAGGACCCUGAGACAUACAGCUCUUCUGAGAAAGCUCCUCAAAUCUGCUGUGAAUGAAGAAUCUGACACUGAAGAUGAGCCAGAGUGGAACAGUGACUUGGCCUCUCUUCUUGUCUUGCUGCAUCUUCUAACACCACAACCAGCUGGACGGAAAAGGGCAAGGAAGAUCUGUGUUGAGGAGGCAGCAGAUCAUCUGGUGAUAUUUCAGAAGGCUUGCCAGAGCCUGGAGGAUCACCUUGCCAUGAUGGAGGGCAAUCACCAACCAUAACUCCUGGCCACAGGAAGUUCAAAAAUGCAGAUUUUCAGCUUCUACACUGUCUUUGAUAGAAAGCUUCUUCCGUGCCAGUCAAGUACAUCUUUGGGCGCAUUUGAUGAGUUGUUCAAGUCUCACUUUGUUUUCAGUCUGAAAUAUGACAAUGCUCUCCAGUCUGUACAUGUUUUUGCAGCCUACUGUGUACAACAUUGACAUAGGCACAACAGAAGAAACUCCAAAAGUCAAAGAGUUGAGAGUAAGGCUUUUGAACAAGCAGUAGUACAUUUAAGAAGCAAACACGUUGAUGUUAUCUCUGUAUCAUCCUUUGGUACAGCCUUAGUGUUGUUAAGGCACCUCAAACUAAUUGCAAAUAACUGCAAAUCCACUAGGUCCAAAGAAAAGGAAAAACUCCAUUCCUUUAGUGCCCACUGAGCCAACACGUUUGACACUUUAAAUAAUGCAACUCUCUGACACAACAUAAAAAUGUGAAUCACAUCCAUAGGACAUUUGAGCAUCAAAAGCUUUAAAGUGCUUUAAUCUUCUUUCUAUGACCAGAACCAUCUUUGGGAAGUCUUCACUUACUUGGAAGCAUGAAAGUGGUCAUGGAAACAAGUUUCAUGUUCAGCAAGAACAAAAAAACACUUCACCAUUGUGCAACAAAAUAGAGGUUAGUUUGCUGAACAAUGGUGUGUGUUCAUCAGUGCCUGUGUAAACAAAAAGUCCAACACGGUAUUCGACUCAUCACACUUCACCCAGUUUGUCAGGUUGACAGUGGCUUUUGAAUCAAUGUGAAGAUAUGAAGACACAUCUUUAGUAAAUUCUAGUGUUUCAAGUAAACACAUUUUGAUUGGGCCAGACUCUACCAUUUUUAAAGUCAAGCAUUCCCAAUGAUAGGCUACUGCAAACUGAUGUUUCCUUAAAUUUAACACUUAUUUUAGAGAUACAAAAAUGGUUUUACUGUGAAAAUCAAUACAAAAAACACCACAUAAAUUACUUCAGUGUCUUUUGUUUAACAUGUUUGCUGCAUUAACAUUUCUGCAUGAAUACAUGCAUUUGUAAAGGCUCUUACUUAAAAGAAUAUAUUUUUCAGUGUAACAGUGAGCUUUGUUAAACAAAGAUGAAUAUUCAAAAAAAUGGCAAAACGAUUAGUAAAACCUUACCAAAAUACAGUUAGAAAUGCAGAUUGGAUGUCUUAAAACAGUGCAAAUGAAACUCCCAAAUAAAAACAGGUAAUACAAAAUAAAUUAAUUUAACUCAAAAUAAAGUGUUGAGUAUAAACACUGAAAAUAGGUCAAAAUAAGUUUAACUCCCUAUGAGAGUUAAUUUUACUCCUAAUGGGAGUUGUAUUUUAACUCCCAGUAGAGUUCAGUUUUAACUCCCUAUGAGAGUUAAAUACCAACUCCCAGAAAAGAGUUACUUUAACUCAGCUUUAGAGUUUAUUUGAUGGUCUCACAUGUACACUCAAAUUGAGUUGAUUUUAACUCUCACAGAAUUUAUUCCCGAGGCUCAAAUUUGCUGUGUACAUGAAGGCCCUGUGACAAAGUUUGAGCUGCCUAUUACUUUAAUUGAAGGGCAUAAAAACAAUCACAGACAGCUUUUCAGCACUGUAGUCAUUCUGACAGACAGUCACAGCUCCACUGAGCCCUCUAUUUCCUUUUCUCUUAGCUGGGAUGAUUUCAUGGGCUUUUAUAAUCAUAAAAUUAUAGACAAAAUGAGCAUUUCUUAUCUUUCUUUUACAUGUUCUAAAAAUGUAGCAUACUAGUGCGUUUGUAAAUUAUACCUAUAAAAGACAUUUAAUAUAAGAGGAGAGUAUGUCUUUAAACUGGAAACUGGGGUCCCUUUAAAUAAACCAUUUACUAUUAUUGUUUAAAAAAAAUAUAUUUAUUUAUUUAGCACAUUUAGAAAAAGCACAGUCAGACAAAAGUGAAUAAAAGUAAAUCACAUGUGCAGCUGAGGUAGAAACCCACUACAGGAUUAUUUCAACAACCUCACCUAAUGAACAACAUGAAUGAAUCAACAUGUAACAAUUAACCGCAAUAUAAACUACCAAAUCACCCUAGACAUGUGUAAAUUGUGCUCUUUGGUUGUUUUUUGACUAACAUUGUCAUGUAUUCUGAACCAGACCACUGUCUCCCUGCUGCGGACAUCAGAGAUAUCAACACUUGGAUCAAUUGUAAUAUCAAAUGAUAUCUCUCAAAAGACUCUAUGAGCUCUUGCAGCAUUUGUUUGAGAUAUUGCAUCACAUUUCUUUAAACACAGCAGUCUUUAAAGCUGUGAAUCAGAGAGUGUCCUCAUAACAUCAACAGGGAUGCUGUCUUUAGAGACCCUCUGUUACUCUGUAUCACUGAAGCACUGUCAGUCAACCAUUUCAGCAUCAUCAGCCAUCUGCUGGUGGAGGGUGCAAACACAAAAGUUUCCAAGAUGGGUUAAAUUUUCACUGACACAUGGUGACUGUGAACACCACUGGAUUUGACUCAUUUUAUUUUAACCAUGGUAAAGCAGCUUACUGCCCUCUAGUGUCCUGCUUACAGGUAACUGUGUUACUUCUCUCCAUUGAUGUCAUUUAUUCAAAAGAGAGACUAGUUCAGCUUUACCGAAUUCAUGCAUCUUUCACAACCAAAGCGGUAUAUUUUAGUGGGCCCUAAUUACCUCACAAGAAGUUGCCAUUUCACUGAGUGGUAAACUCCAAACCUUGUAAUAUUGUAGCAAUUCUCUGGUAAAUAGGAUAUAUUUUACCAAAGCCUAACCCUUGUAAUAUUGUGUCCGUUCUCUGGUAACUAGGUGGUACUUUACUAAGUAAUUUCUUAGGAAUAAGAUGACAGUUUUCAAAAGUCACUUGAUAAUUCCAAGGUCAUUUCUUUGUUCUGGCCCAAUAAAUUAAAUUGAGACUUUCCUGAAUAAUUUCCAAGUAUUUUUUAGGGUUAGGGCUGGGUUAGGAGUUAGGAUUGAGGUAGGUGUAGGGUUAGGGUUAGAUUAAAAUGCCACCUAAUUAUUAGAGAACGGACAGAAUAUUACAAGGAUUACUUGAUGAUUAAGACAUUAUUACUAGGUAAACACUACUUAAUAUACUAUAUGUUUCAGUUAUUACUUGUUUAAGUUAUUUAUUUACUUAAGGUUUAUUUGUUAGUGACUUUAUAGUGAAUGCUAAUUUGCAACACCCGUCCUUAGAAGGGCUUUCAUGAGAAUUAAAAGCUAAAACAGUUGAUUAAAACUGGAAAAGUGAGCUGGGUACAAUAGAGACAGUAAAACACAUUAAACAGUGAAUAUGUUACAGAAAUUCCAACAUGAGAACAACUCUGUUGCUGAACUAACCAGGAUUUUGUAGUUCUCUUAACGGUGGUGAAGUUUGUGAUAAGUUUUAGUUGUUCAGGUAGAGAGUUCCAGGCUAACGUAUUACUAGGUAAUUACACUUUAUUCUUGAGAAAUUACUGUAUAACACAGCUUACCGCUCUAAAAUUACUAGGUAAUUAGGACCCACUAAAUUAAAGUGCUACCAAUAACAGACACAUUGUUCAUCGACAUCUUUGAUUCCAACCAUGAAGUAAACUUAGACAAUAUAUAGAAAACUGUUGUGUGUUAUUGUGUUGGUGUUUUGCACCAUCAAUAAUUGCCAUUGCUGCACGACAAGUGAGAAUUGUUGUGAAAAUUUAUAUUAUUAAUGCAGUUCCAACAGAAAUUCAGGCCAGAAGGCUGCUUUCUGCAUGCUGGUUUAAUGUCUGUUGUCAGUAUGUUGCAUGCUCUCCUCCAUGCAUGCUCAUGUUCAUAUCAUUCAUUUCAUUUUAUUUGUUUAUUCGAACAGGUUAAAAGAAAGAACAAAAAUAAGUAAAAUAUACAAAGUGUUUAGUCAGGAAAAAAUAAAUAAUUAAUGAGACAACUCUAUAACAACAUAGAUAAUCAUACCUUGUUCAAAAGGGUGUGGGAUGAAGUUAAUAAAACUUAUCUAGUCCUACCCCUUCAUUGUUGUGUUUUUAAUAAUUUAAUCUGUCGGAGCAAUGUGUAGGAGAACAAAACAGAAGGAAAGAAAGUGCAUCACUAAAAAGGCACAUUGCUUUAUGUUCUAAAUUUAUGUAUCCAUUUCUUUCUUGUAUCCAUUCAGGAUGAGGUUGAUAUAAAUUUGUUUGAACUUAUGAAGUGAUCUGCAGGUUUUCAUUUCUUCGCUGCAGUUGUUUGACAGAUUAACUCCCUUAACUGAUAUACAGUGUGUUUUUGUGUUUGUACGUACCAGCUGUUUUUUGAAAAAGCAUAUUCCUCUGAGAUUGUGCUUGUUUUUUCUUUUUUGAAACAACUUUUGGAUGCCCUGUGGUAGCUGAUUUUGAUUUGUUUUAUGCAUUAUUAGAAUUGUUUUGAGGUUGACCAAGUCCUUGAAUUUUAGUGCUUUCAGCUUGAAUUUUAGUGCUUUCAUCAUCUGUUCAUCAGCUGCUCUCAUCUGUCCAAUAGCACUGCUCCACUCCCUCAUCGUUAUCCUAUCAUGUUGCUGCUGUCUUUUCUUAAAUAUGUCUUUCUCUUCCAUCAGUUCAUUCAUGACACCAUUGUGUUUGACCCUCCACCUCUCUAUCACUGCCAGGUCUUUGGGGUUUCAUCGCUUUCUUCAUCCCAUCAGCCUUGGAUGACACCAUUAGCCUCAGAAGACAUCAUCAGCCAACACCAGCUGUGUCUGGACUGGAUGGCUCUUGCAGCUUCUCAGUGCAGACUUCCUUCAAACCCCUUAUGUCCCUGUUCAAGUUCAAGCGCCAAAGACUCUGACAGUAAUUCCUUAUCAAUCCAGUUUCAUUUUGUUCUAACUUUUGAUUCAUUUACUUUAAUCAUUAGUUAACUAAAGUUAACUCUAAGAGAGAGGGAGAGAGAGCCAAAGGCCAUGUUUGCAAAAUGUCAAACUAACACAUUUAAAUCCAACACUGCAUUAUAAUUUGAUGCUUAAACUGUUUUAACUAGUUUGGCGAAACAUAUGUAAAAUGCAGUCGACCACGUCAAGCUCCCUCUUGUGGAGAGAAUACACCUGGAAAAACAUUUUAAGGUUUUUUUUAUCACCCCUAAAAUCAAACAAAUACAACAAAACAAUCUAGAGUAUGGUCAAUACUGGAGAAUGUGUGGUAACAUUUCCGCAGGUCAUUUUCAUAUAUUUUAGGAUUGUCCUGUUAUUUCUCCUUACUGGCUGGAUAUUAUGACUGCAAUUGGACCUAUAAUCAGUUCUAAGCUUAACUUUUUUUUUCAGUGCUGUAUAUUUGGGAAAUCUGCCAACUGGACUUAAGAAACAUGACAGGUACUUACUGCAAAUACUACUAGCUUGUAGUAGAAAGGCAAUUACCAGGAAAUGGUUGAGUAAGGAACCUCCAACAAUCACUGAAUUGAAGGAAAUAAUUCAGUACAUUUAUAAAAUGGAACAACUGACAUUCUCUUUACCAAAAAAGUGGAAAAAUACAGGAAAACUUGGAAUCACACUGUAACCGGAAGAGAUGUCUUUGUUCUUUGUGAAAUCUGUUCUGGAAUAACACUCAGGAGACUUUUAUGCUCAAGGGACAUUAUUUGACUUGUAAAAGGAGACUAAGGAAAUACUGACUUGUGCACCUUAAUGUAACCUUACUGUACAUUUGUAUUUAUGUUUUAUUUUAUUUUAUAUGUAGUUUAAGCUCAAUACUGUGUGCUGACAAACAUUCUGUCUGUUAUGUG